UGCAGUUAAUGUAAACAUAAGCAAAUUUGAAAACUUUUAAUAUCUUCGACGGAUUGAAAUGUUGUAUCGCUUUUUUUAAAAAGAUUUAUCGAUGCUUUGAUACAAUUCUAAAAGUGGUAUUUCAAUUUGGUUAAUAUAUAUAACUAUUAAUCAGUGGUAGUUUUUUGCUCCCCCCGGAUUUACAAUAAAGUAAAUUUAUUUUGAUGUGUGAGGAGAGAGCAACAAGGAAAUAAACAAAGAAGCCUGUAUACAUUGUCGUUUGGAAUAUAUAAAAUGGACUUUUAUUGUUUAUUCAGUCAGAUUAGUGAAAUAUGCCUGGUUGUGCAGCUGUUGGUUGCAACAAUCGCAGUGAAAAAGGUUAUAGAAUGAAAUGUUUUCCACGUGACCCAAUAUUAAGAAAAAUUUGGCAGGACCGUGUUGGUAGAGCUGACUGGGAGCCAUCUAAUAAUUCAUUUCUUUGUCACGAACAUUUUGAAUCUGACAAAUGGUGCACAAUGGAGAAUGGUAGAGUCAAAUUAAAAAAAAAUGCAAUACCUUCUAUUUUUGCUGUAAAUUCAACUAGAAAAUCUAUCAAGAGACGUAUAAUGAGAACAGAUGAUAAUAAAAACAAUUGCAACAGUGUGAUGCAUGUAAAAAAUAAUAGGGAUUAUUCAUCCAUUGAUUAUUUGGAAGAAAAAUAUUCUGUUUUACAAGAUAUUGAUGAUUCAUCAGUACAGUUUGUACAUCAGCAAAUGAAUAAUUUUUCGAAGUCAAUAGAAAGUAACCAAUCAUUCCCUGUGCAAGAUUAUAAUCAGCAAGGACAUAUUUUAAUUUCAGACGAUAAAGACGAUAAUAUAAAGACAGAGGAAGUAGUCGAAGUUGAAUAUAACGUUGAAAAGCAAAAGGAUGAAAAGAAUGAGAAGCCUGUUAAUGAUCUCGUAUCGAAUUCAACUGACAACUCCAAUGAAGAUUUGACCAAACCAGAAUCAAAAAAAGUUGCACAAUCAGUUCAUAAUUAUGAUGAAAUAGAGGAGAAACUGAAACAAAUUUGCGACGGUUAUUUUGGAGAUUCUAAUUCUAAUAAUAUGGAGAAACAGCAGUCGGUCUGCGAUAAUCAAAAAGAAGUUUUGCAACAAGCAUCAAGCAAAACUCCAGUCCACAGAAGUAUAAAUUAUAAACAUUCCUCAGGGAAUAAUAUUGGGCACAUGCUCACUAAUGAUACGGAAAAUAUCGAGAUAAUCUUUAGUGCCGAAGAUAGGGAAGAAAGUACGCGCAUACGCAAAUGUGCAUCUCGUAAUAGCAAUAUAGCUGAUGAAAAUGAAGUGUUGGAUCUUCAUACUACCAAUAUUGAUAAUGUUAACAAUGACAAAGAGAUCGAGCAAAAUAUGAAUGUCACUCCGAAUAUGAUGGCCGCCAUGAAACGUAAACGGAAAACUCGGGAUGAAAUCAUGAAAUCCAUAGAGAAAUCCAUCUGUAACGUUUCCUCUCAGGACACGAACUCCUUGAGCGACAGCGAUAUCUUUGACGACAGUGGGAAAAAGAUAGAUCGAAGAAAAAAGAUACAGAAGACGCAGGAUGAGAGCAGCAGCGACGCUUCACCGGCUACGAUGAAGUUCACGGUCAAGGUAACGGGCCAUCCUGAUGAUGUGUCUGAUAUUAUGUACAACUUGUCGAGAAGUACAGGAGAUGUUAGUCUUCAAGAAUACAACGAGGUCCACUCACCCAAAGAAGAUGAUGGACUUGUUACAUCCGUUAUAACAAUAGACGAUUGUUCAGUAGACGUGGACAUCAAGACCGAAUUUCAAGACAACUAUCUCUCUUCAUCGUGCUUUGGAGAUAUUGCUAUUAAUGACCGAAUGUCGUUACCUUCAACUUCAAAAAAUUGCCGAUCCCUAAGCACAAAAGUAACGCCACGCACUGACGAGGACUUAAGCGACCUAAGUAUGAAUAGCAAUCGUUCACCAGUCGUUCAGAAUGCUACAACGAACGAUUGUGCCUUUAUACGCAAAUAUGACGGAUUGCAACCAAAAUCGUCAGUACAAGCGGACGUUAGAAGGCUCGGCAAUCAGCUUUUUCUUUGUAAUCAUAUAGAAUACGAAUUACAAAAUAAGAAAUUAAAAAGCCUUCCUCUUGAAAAAGAGACACAAGAUAUGACAGAUAAAUUGCACGUGCUAUCGAACGACGUAGCGCCUCUCUCAACGAAUGUGAAAGACAUGCAGCAGAAAUUGAUCGAUGACUUAACAAGCAAGCUAAAUCGCUUCGAGGAAACAAACAAGAAAUUAGUGAAGUCUGCGACUGCGGGAAUUGAACAAAUGAAAUAUUUGCAAAAUCAACUUAGACAGAGAGACAAUAAAAUAAAGGACCUCACUUGGAAAUUAAACAAGGCCUCGAAAAUCCUCGACCGAACGCAGAAAAAUUCGAUCACGUACCAAAAGAAGAUGGUGAAUAUGCAAAGCUUCUUGAAAAAGAAGAAAUAUAUGGACGACAAGGUGGUUCAAUUGAAUGAGAUAUUAAUAGAAGCCAUUAAGAAGGCCUAUAUCAACAAAGUUUUGCCAAUGAACAUAGCGACGAAAAUAAAAAGAACAUGCGGUAUGACCGAAUAUGACAAGUUGUUGCAAUCUGGACUACCACUUCCUGUACGAGUUUCUAGCGACAGUCCCCAAGAUUCUGACAAAAACAACAAGAUUCUGCGACCAGCCGUAUCAAAACGCAACGCGAAGAAAAUGAAAAAAGACGAUACGCAGAGCACGGAAAUUAAGAAAACAUGCGAUACGACCGAAUUCGACAAGUUGUUGCAGUCCGGAUCUUCACUUUCUAUGAGAGUUGCCAACGACCAUCUCUCGGAACAUUCUAACGAAAGUAACAAGAUUCUGCGACCAGCUGUAUCAAGACACAAAACGAAGAAAAAAGAUGAUACAGAGACGAUGCAGAACACGGAAAACCACGUGGAAAUAUAUUUGGAGAAUGUGGAAUCGAGCGAAAAAAUCACGUUAAAUGACUGUAAUGAGUACGCAGACUGUAUAGAGACUGUAAUGGGUACGGUCCAGGACAUUUUCGACGAAAGCAGCGACGACGAUGAUUUUAGUAUCAAUGAAUUGACUGAAGAUUUUAUUUUACAACUGCGUAAAUUUAUGUAGCGGCAGAUUAAUUAUAUCAAUUACGAACGAGAUUGCAAUAAAAGAUUACGUCUCUUGUCGUAAAA